CUUAUUUUCUCGUCGCAGCCGUCGCACUGUAACGGUUGUCCGAAGCCAGCCAACGCAUACCAAACAAUGUCGAAGACAGGCAUACUAAUUCCUCGCUAAGGACACCGGCCUGUUUUCUAUUUGCCACAACUGUUUUCAUCCUACUCAACAAUCGAGAAGCAGACAUAGAAUGAAUCUUGCUCUGCUCGGCUACGGAUACAUAUCGCACAUGUCCCUUUGCUCGCGCGCAAACGCAGACGACGCCCUACCAUUGCUGUCACCACCGUCGUCACCACAACCACCAAGAUGCCCUGGUUCUGGUCCAGCGCCUCCUGCGACGACUCCGCUUGCGCCGCCGUAGACCCCAACGCCCCGUCGACCGUCGGCCUGCUCUUCUCGCUGCUGCCCUUCCUCCUCACCUUCGCCGCCGUCGCCGCCUUCGCGAACCAGACCAUCUUUCCCAAACUCGCCAGGGUUCACGACGCCCACGAUGGGGAAGACCACUACCUCCCCUCCCACGCCCCGCCGAGCCUGCGCCAGGCUCACGCCGAACACGGACAGAAGAGCGCGCGGCGGCGCGUCGCGGCCGCGGUGUUUAGUGUUACGAUUGCGCUGGCGACGGUGCUGGGCGAGUUGAUCCUGAGCGAGAUCUCCGAUUUGGUGAGCAGGCGCGCGAGGGAGGUUGGGUUGAGGGUUACGGUGCCGACAUUGCUUGUGCUGCUGGUCGGGGUCAUUCCGUUUCUGGAGAUCCAGAGCGUGGUCUCGGGUGCUGGGUGGAAAUUUCAGCGGAAUAAUAAGGGGAGGAUACCGAGGUUCGCUUGGGGUGUGCAGAUGCUCGUUUUUGGCGGGUGGGUGUUUGCGUUUUGGAGCUUGGGCGGGUUGGUUGGGCUUGAUAAGACGGCGACGGCGGGCGGCGGGGUGCUGCGCGCUUGUCUAGAGAGGAUUGGUGUUAUUGGGAUCUCGUUGAUGGCGAUGCUGAGCGGGUUCGCGGCUGUUUCGAGUCCCUGGCAUACCCUCGGCGCGGUAUCGGAACGGAGAAAGAGGCCCGUUACGGAGGCGGAUGUUUCGAGAAAGGAGGCCGGGCUGGAUGCCACCAACGAGAUGCUCCUCACGAAACGACACCGGCUUCAAGCACUGGAGCGGAAGGCGGCCGAGGCGCAGUCAGGCGGGUCGUCUAGCUCGGGGGCCGGCAGCGGCGGGUUCAUGGGCAAGAUGCUCGGCGCCGUACGGGGAAUGGGCGGCGGCGAUGAGGCCGAGAUGCGUGCCCUGCGGCUGGAGAUUACGGGCCUCGAGACGAUGGAGGCGAAUCUGCACUCCUCGCUGGGCGUGAUGCGAUCGCGCCGGGCGGCGGACGCGCGCGCGGCGACGACGAUUGGCAAAGUGCUCGCCGUCCCGCACUACGUCUUUUCGCUGUACUGUCUCUACCGCAUCCUGGCGACGACGCUUGCGACGCUGCGGAGGGCGUAUUACCCUUCAUCGAGCUUCAGCUCCUCGGACCCGAUUAACCGGUUUUUGGGUUUGCUGGCGCGGCACUGGGACCCGUCGCUGGACCAGAUUGCGUGGGCGCGGCAGAUUAGUUUCCUGCUGAGCGGCGUUAUGCUCGCAGCGAGCGCCAACAGCGUGUUGCAGACUUUCCACUUGUUUUCCAAGUGGAUGCCGGGGUUGCUGUACCAGGCGCAGGCGAACUUGGCACUCAUGAUUGGGCAGAUCACGGCUGUGUAUGUGAUUUCGGCGGCGCUGCUGCUGAGGAGUAAUUUGCCGCGGGAGAUGGGCAGCGCGGUGGGGGAUGCGUUGGCGGGUGCGCUGGAGCCGCGGUUUGUGGAUUGGUGGUUUGAGGGGUGGUUUCUGGCGAGUUGUGGUGUUACUGGGUUGGGGGUGUGGAUUUCGAGGAGGAUCGGGAGGGAGGAGUGGGAUGAGUUUGGGGCGGAGGAGAUGGGUGCCAAGAGGAUGUAGGGACAACUGAUGGUCUGAAGGUCUGAGGUUUGGUUGUCCUUCAGGGAUGGAGGAAGAGAAGCAGUUGGUAUGAUAUGAGAUAUGUUUCGAUAUUGGGGUGUCUGACUAUGAUGGGGGAGUUUUGGGCGUGUAUUAUCAUACCUACGGGAUGGGAUGUACUAGGACCUUGUACAAUCACGGUUUUUUUCACCCUGAUCAUUUCUUGUGUACAAGAAGAUGUGCUGAUGCUUCGCGUGGGGGCUCCAAACUCGUGAUGAUGUCUACUUAGGUAAAUGGGAGGCUGAAUGAUAUUACUUGGGU